AUGGCAGACACCGAGCUUGAAUCAGCAGCGGCCUUCGUCAACGAGCCAGGGCUGUCUUGCACCCAGGAGUUCAUGGAUGACUCAGUCAUCCAACUGUGUACGAAGGAGGGCAUAUUCCCCUUAAUUCAGAGGGCAUUGGAUAAUGAGGAUGGUAUCGCAUUCAAUGAAGAACCUGCAGUUGCGCCACACGAACGUAGUGUCCCAAAUGUCAAAUCCUGCAUUUUGACUGGCUCUGUCGCUGGGGUUAUGGGUGUCUGCCACGAAGACAAUGAGAUGGAGAUGCAGGUGGACUCCGCUUCGCGUAACAAUGGGACCCAUAAACGGAAUGGGAAACGAGAUCGCCGCCGCCUGCAGCGCGCCCAGAGUAUAACAACAUAUAAGGCGAUAGCUAAACUAGCCAACAAACCCCAUACAAAGUCGAUUACCAGUAAAGCGUUAGUGAAACACCUGCCUAUCGCUCAAGGCGCAUACAUCGGGAAACCACAGCCUCCAGGUGAGGGCAUCCGGAAGCUCGAUGAUCUGGUGCAACAGGGAUUCAAAGUGGUAGAGUGGGAUGGAUACACCCCCCACGUUUUGUUGGAUAAAGACAGACGGACUAUCGGUGUGCUAGCUGGCCAUCCCAAGGAUGAUGGCUGGCAUGAUACCGUGGCUGCAGUCUGCACUGCCAUGGAGCAUGCAAGGGAUUGCUGUGCCUUCAGGAGGGAGAAUAUGGAGCACAGACGAGGUGCCUAUCCAUGCCUCGCUGUUGGGGUGUCAUUUGGAGGUGGUCAAGAGAUUCCAUCCAACCUUGUGCAUGCCGAACAGAAUCAAGAGCCACUACAAUUGCUCUUGGACCAUAAGGCCGUUCAAAGGCUUGCGGGAUUUGGAAACACAACAUUCAACUUUGGACCGACCACGGUCACUUUGGAUCACACAGAUAAUCAAAACUUUGCCAGCGGAAUGUGCAGCAUCACCGCCCUAGUUCUGUUCGACCUUGGGCUCAUCGUUCAGUUUCCACCUGGAUCCACAAUCCUCAUACCCUCAGCCAUCCUGCGCCAUGGGAAUGUGCCCAUUGCCUCUGGAGAAAAACGCCUAUCCUUCACCCAAUACUUUGCAGGAGGACUUAUUAGAUGGGUUGACUAUGGGUUCCAGACAGAAGCUAAUUUUAAGAGGGAGAGUCCUUCACUGUGGUUUGCAGCCAACCGUGGGAGGGAGGCUAGGGUUCAGGAGGCAGCGGAAUAUUUUUCCACUUCUAAGCAUGUCGGGCCUGACAUAUGA